AUGUCCCAUCGGUCUUAUGAAGUGGUCGAAGGAUUCUUCGAGCAAGAAGUUGGCGCUGGUUACGGUCAAGGCAAGCUCCCUGCCCGAUUCGGGCUAAUAGACCCUUCCGAUAAUCGAUGGAGGACGUUCGAGCAACGGAUUGAUCAGCUUAAUACGUCCUCUCCCGUCGGCACGCAGUACAAGGUGUUUUUCGUGGGCAGACACGGUGAAGGCUUUCACAACGUAGCCGAGGCGAAGUACGGUACAGAGAAAUGGAACAGCUAUUGGUCAAAGAAAAACGGGGACGGAAAUCUGAUCUGGGGGCCGGAUCCAGAAUUAACGGCGCUUGGCCAGGAGCAGGCGAAAGCAGCUCAUAGCGCAUGGAAACAAGAACGUAAAUUUGAUAUCCCCCUUCCGGGGAAGCUCUACUGCAGUCCUCUCACACGAGCUAUCCAUACGAACAAGAUAACAUUCGACUCCAUUAUACCGGAAUCGCAGAGAACCAUGAUUAUCGAGAACCUUAGAGAAACACACGGCGUCCAUACCUGUGAUAAGCGUAGAACGCGCAGUUAUAUCAAACAAACUUUCACUAACUUCGACAUCGAAAAGGAGCUCGUGGAAGAAGACGAACUUUGGGACUCCCAAGUGAGGGAGACCCACUACGAAAUCGAUGUCCGAAUGAGGGGCGUACUGGACAUGAUUUUUGACAAUGACCAGGAACAAUUCAUCUCUUUCACUGCCCAUGGGGGCAUCGUUAGUGCAGUGCUGCGAGUCGUGAACCAUAGACAAUACAUUUUACCCACUGGAGGUUCGUACUCGAACCUGAUUCGAGAGCUCGUGCUUAUUCUGAGGCAGGGGUUUUACCGAUGGUUGUUAAGUCAUCUAUAUCUUAGGACUGCUUAA